AAAGCAAAAGAUAAUGUCUUUCUCAAGCACGGAUCCCUAUGGAAUGCUGGAACGAUGCCCAGCAUUGCUUGCUGGAACUCAUUCUUUUUGUUUAGUUUAAAGGGCCUUGCUUUGCUCUGUUUAGAGAGAGAAAAAGCAAAAGAAAGAGACCAUAGAUUCAGCGAUGAUCAGCAGAGGAUGAUAGAUUUUGGAGUAGAUUUUGUUUCUAUACUCAACUCAAGUCUGCAGCUAUAAAACAAAACAAACGCAGCUGCUUCAGAAUUGAGAAAGAGAGAGAAAGAAACAUCAUUAGUGUAUUUGUUUCCAAUGAUUGAGUUGCUUUCUCGCAACAACUAAAGAAAGGAAGAAGAAGAAGAAGAAGAAGUUUUUACAUUUAUUUGGUAGAGGCAUAGAAGAUGGGUGACGAAAGUAACAACAACAACUGGUUGGGAUUCUCCCUCUCAUCUGCAAGUCCAAGUCCAAGUCCAAGCAUGGAUCACUCCCAGCCCUGCUCUAACGCCGUCUCCACUCCCGUCCCCGUUAACUUCUCCUCUGCUUUCAACUAUCCCGGAUUCUGCUACGACACCCCUACCUUCUACUCCCAUUUAACUGUCAUGCCACUCAAAUCCGACGGCUCCUUGUGCUUGAUGGAAGCCAUCAACCGCUCACAACCACAAGAAAAAACUGCAGCUCCGAAACUGGAGGAUUUCUUCGGCGGUGCAACAAUGGCGCUGAGCCUGGACAGCAUGUACUACCACAGCAACCCUCAAAGUAGCAACGUCCUGGAUUUCUUAAACUCCGACAACCACCACCACCUUCAGCUCCAAGAAUACCCCCAUUACUCAGCUCAGGAGAUGUACAAGGAGGCUGACGACGGCUCCAUGGGAUACGGCGAGUUGCAAACACUAAGCUUGUCGAUGAGCCCCGGCUCGCAGUCCAGCUGCGUCACCGCCAUUCCGGCCGUACCUGACUUGGAGAACAAGAAAAGGGGCCAAGACAAAGUCGAUCAGAAGCAGAUUGUUCAUCGCAAAUCCAUUGACACCUUCGGCCAGAGGACCUCGCAGUACAGAGGUGUCACCAGACAUCGAUGGACGGGGAGAUAUGAAGCACAUUUAUGGGACAAUAGUUGUAAGAAAGAAGGGCAGAGCAGGAAGGGAAGGCAAGUUUACCUUGGGGGAUAUGAUAUGGAAGAAAAAGCGGCCCGGGCUUAUGAUUUAGCCGCACUCAAGUACUGGGGACCUUCCACCCACAUCAAUUUUCCGUUGGAAAAUUAUCAACAAGAGCUUGAAGAAAUGAAGAACAUGAGCAGACAGGAAUAUGUUGCUCAUCUCCGAAGGAAAAGCAGUGGUUUCUCCAGGGGAGCUUCAAUCUACAGAGGAGUCACAAGCAGACAUCAUCAACACGGGCGGUGGCAAGCCCGAAUCGGCCGCGUGGCCGGAAACAAGGAUCUGUACCUGGGCACAUUCAGUACGCAAGAAGAGGCCGCGGAGGCAUACGACGUGGCAGCGAUCAAAUUCCGAGGCGUCAACGCCGUGACCAACUUCGACAUCACGCGUUACGACGUGGAGAGGAUCAUGGAGAGCAACGGCCUUCUUCCCGGCGAAAUGGCGCGCCGCCCCAAAGAUGAAGCAGCUGCCUCCAAGGAGAGCAGCAGCAGCACCGAGUGGCUUUACUCUAAUGAUGCUGCUGCUGCUGGGCCCCACUUGUCCCUGCCCGCUUCCAAGCUCUUCCCCUGCCCCACGGCGCCUGAAGAUGCAGCGUGGAUCAGGCCUCAGCCGCAGGUGCCCCUCUUCUCUGCCUGGGCCGCAGAUGCUUCCUCCUAAUUCCCCAUCCAUGUCUUCUGCUUUUGCUUGUACAAAACAAAGUAUUAGUGCUAGCUAGGCUGCAUGCGUUGCUUUUUUCCAUUGUUUUUCUUAUUACCAAGCUCCAAUCUUUUUCCACUAAAUCGGUUUGGACAGCAGCUUUCAAUGAAAAAAAAUAUUAUGAAUCA